AUGGUUUUCAUUGCAACAGGACCGCUUUACAAAAAGGAGUUUGGACAAAUCUUCAUGACUUAUUCAUUGUUGUGUUUAUUACCUCUAUUUUGCUUGUCGCCAACAGUUUUCUCUAUCGUUAUCUCCAGACACCAUCUCUUCGAACAUUUCAUGACUCCAAUGAACCUAUCCAUUAUAGUUUUCGUGAAUGGAGCAAUUUUUGUAAAUUGGGUAGCUGUGAUUUUCGUGGUAUAUUGGCCGAAUAAGGAGUUCACUGAACACAUCAGCAAUAAGGCUCGAGAAGAUACUGGAUUAGAUCCUUUCGAAUGUGCACAGAUCGGACUUUCCAUAGUGAGUCUUUCCCUUUUGAUAAGGGUUGUAUUUUACCAAGCUUUUUGGUCGUUCCUUAUCCGGAAAUCAUUCUCCAUGUUGUCCACAAUGUUGUAUACGCCAUAUAUCUGA